AUGGCUUUGAAAAAAGACUUGCGACUAUUGUUGAAGCCGUAUUAUUUGAUAAACAUUUUACUCAGCCUCUCGUACGUCGUCUGCAAGCGUGUUCCGAUCGUGUGCAAUUACGUAUUCGCACAAUCCGAGUGCGAACUCGAUGGGAGGGAAACGGAGAUUCUAUUUUUUCUUAUAAUAGUCAUAAUGAUGAGGACGAAAAAGACCGGUAGCGUUACCAUGAUAAGUUACCUGUCGUCCAGCUUCGUAUAUACCAAAGUUGCCAAUUUAAUUCUUUGGUUUUACGCGGACGUCCGUAUGGGAAUAAUGUUCGCCAUCGUAUUGAUCUUGUGCGGUUUACUGUUCCCCGAACCGACUUAUCAAGGGCCAGAGAAAGUGACUUAUCUGAGAGGUACGAACGGUCUGCAAGAGGAGCUGCAACGCGAUACGAGAGUCGUUUGGUUGGUCGCGUUUUACACAGCCUGGAACCCAGCUUGUGUCAACUUCGCGCCGAUAUUCUCGGAGCUUUCGGCAGAAUACGCUUUAGACAAUCUAAAAUUUGGUAAGGUAGACAUAGGAAGGUAUCCGGACGCCGGAGCAAAGUAUCACGUUAGCGAUGCUAGUACGAGCAAACAGCUCCCGACUCUGAUCUUGUUCAGAGACGGGAAAGAGGUCGAAAGACGUCCGCACGAGGCUCGCAAGGGCAAACUGGUCAAAUUUCUCUUCUCCUUGGAUAACAUAAAAGCAGCCUUCGAUCUCAAUAACGUUUACAAGGACUGUAAGAAGAACCCGAUCAAAAGGAAAGAAAGGAAAGAGAAGAAAGCGGUGAAGGCGGACUGAUACCCCGGUCAUCGUUUCUAGAUCACGUUUGUUAAUCGAUCGUUAACGAUGUCAUAGCAUUGCCGAACGUUCUGAUCGAAGACACAACUUCUGAAUAAUGGGCGUAAUCGCGGGUGUCUCGCGCGCAAAUUUAGAACACAGGUUUGUAAAUAAUCUCGUUUAUACUUUCCGUCGUACGCAUUUCGGGCACUGCCGUAUACCCUUAACAAACAAUCUACUCGGUAUCGAUACAUACGGAAAGAGGUGAUCUAUUCACGAAAGAAACAGAGGAGAUGACAAAGUACCAGGUGCGUAAAACACACACAGUUGAUAGGAAACCGACACUGAUGGCUUUUAGUUGAAUCGCGCAUACAUCGAAUGCGAUACUGCAGUCUUAAUUAAAUAAACGAUUAUCAAAAUAAUUAA